AUUUCUCUGAUCGUUAUAAAUAACUCAUGGCAGUUUCUUCAUGGCUCAUAGAAUGCCAUUUUAGAUGAAAUUGCGCGCAAUUUGCCGUGACGUACGCUAGUGUUUGUGAGAAAGAUACAUCUCCGUGCACGCAUUUUUACAUAAAUUUGGUCCAGCUAUUGGGGCAAUGGAGGAUUCUGGUAUGCGUUAUUAACCAAAGCAGAUCUAAUGGAUCGCGCUCCCUUCUCUCUGAAGACGUAAGAUAUGGAGGAAUAUCACGCGCUGGUAGCUUUUCGAUUUAGUGUUUUCGACGAUACACACACGGCACGUUGAAACGUUUUUAAUAGAGAGCGAUAUCUUGUACUGUUAUCAAGUAGCAGUUAUAGACUUACGCGAGAGAGAGAGAGCAACUGGUUGAGUGCUGCAGUGACUGCUAAACUGAUUACGUUUCCUCGAAACGCUGAUUGAGAAAGAUUCUAUAGUGAUCUGACGAUUUUUGUGAGAAUGUUUGGGCAAACUGGAAAUGCGUCGUUCAGUGGAUUUAAUACAGCAACACAAAACAGUCCAUUUGGUCAAUCCGCAUUUGGUAAACCCAUUACUACAACAAGUUUUGGUAGUGGUGCAACAUCUGUCUUUGGUAGUGGUACUUCACUCUUUAAUUCUAAGCCUACAGGUUCUACCACAGGUGGCUUGUUUGGCAAUACUACAACGCCACCAGCAUUUAGACAGCCAACUAGUACCCAACCAUCUUUCGGAGGCUUUGGAACAACAAAUACAAGCACUAAUCUCUUUGGCACCCAGCAGAAUGCGACAAAUCUUUUCGGUUCAAGCUCUGGAACAUCAGCAUUCGGUCAAGCAAAUAAGCCUGGUGGCUUCAGCUUUGGCACGACGUCUGGAACCAAUCUCUUUGGGCAACCGCAACAACCGGCGCAACAAACUACUCCAUUUGGUCAACAGAAUACUACUACAAAUACAAAUCUUUUUGGUACAAAUACAGGCUUUGUCAACAGCAAUACUACCACUACAGUACCAAUGGGCACUGUUGUGAAAUUCACACCUGUCGUUACAACCGACUCUAUGUCCAAGAAUGGAAUAUCGCAUAGUAUUUCGGCACGUCACUGUUGCAUCGUGGCUAUGAAGGAAUAUGAAUCAAAAUCGUACGAGGAAUUACGUUUUGAGGAUUAUCAAGUGGGAAGAAAAGGUCCACAAAAUACUGGACUCUUUGGAACACCGGCGCAGCCAUCGCCAUUCGGCAAUACAACUGCUGGUACUAGCACAGCUGGUACAGCAUUUGGAUCGAUGACUGGCGGAUUUGGCACCACUAGUCAGUCUGGAUCGACUGGAUUAUUCGGAAAACCCAUCAGUAAUUUUGGAACACCAGCGACUACAACCAAUAGCUUUGCAUUCAAUUCCACACCCAGCACGAAUCUGUUUGGCACCAAUUCUCAGGCGAAACCCUUCGGCACAGCUGCACCAACGCCGCUUUUUGCAACCAGUAACACUAACCAAACUGCCGGCACAGGUUUUGGUGGCAUUAAUACCGGACAAAGUACUGGUUUUGGAUCGGCAUUCGGCUCAACGCAACCGAAUCAGAGCAUCGGACUAUUUAGCCAGAACAAGUCUGCCUUUAAUAUCCCAUCGACGUCGACAAGUACUGGUUUUACUGGCUUCGGUCAAACAGCGUCGAAUAAUAGCACUACACCGUUAUUUGGUAAUAAAACAACCACCACAGGAUUUGGAACAACAUCUACGUUCGGUACAGCCGCACCUUCGGCGUUCGGAACCAACACGGGUUUCAAUUCGGGUCAAAAUACUGGAUCCUCAUUGUUCAACUCGUCCUUCAAACCAGCUGGACAAACGUCGGGAUUCUCUUUUGGGAACACGUCCACAUCUUCAACUGGACUUGGUACGAAUACUGGUUUGAAUCUGGGUGGCGGCACCUCCUUAUUUGGACAACAAAAACCAGGCAGUCUGUUCGGAAAUACCGGAAGUAACACCACAUUCAACAAUCCUGGAUCUUUUGGAACCUCUACUUUUGGAACAAAUUCCAAUAUGAUGUCUGGAAUAGGAGCAGGCUUGCUUAAUGGAGGGAUGGCAUCAAAUCAAGGGAAAACUGAUUCAGUACCAGUACAUCAGCAGAUCUUAGCCCUCGUUUCAGCACCAUUCGGUAAUUCACCGUUGUUGAAGAAUCUUCUACCGGCAUCUGGAAAAACUGAAGAGCUGCUGAAACCUAUAAAUCCAACAUCGAAAAUGUUGAACAGUCCACAGUAUAAAGUCACCGCCAACAACAGGUGUCCUAAAAUUAAGACAAGAGCAGUUAGUACAGUACAGUUGUCCAAGAAAUCCUUGUUCGACGGUUUAGAAGAGGAAGAUCCUCUGCUAGCUGAAGCUUUCCAACCUCGGCCAAAUGCAAAGCGUUUAGUGCUGCGACCGAAAUCAGCAACAAAUUCCUCGAUUCAGUCUUCUACCGAAAAUGGAGCUAUAACGAAAUCCAGUGGCCCAGACGACAAUAGAGCAGAUGUGUCAAAUGAAUAUAGCAACAGUAUCGAAGUUACCAACAAAGAAAAUCAUAACCAAGAUAACAAUCGACUCGCAAACGAUCGACGGUCAUCUACAUCUUGGUUGAAAUCGACAAUUCCACGGAAAAACAAAGUCCCGGACGACGAUUUGGAGGGACAACGAUCGCCAUUCUGCGGAACGAACGUGAACGAAGAAAUGAAUAACACGGUAGCUGAACUAAGACCGCAACAUAAUACGCUGAAUUCAACGCAUUCGGAUACGUUCAAUUCGAUUGAAAUGCCGCACAAUUCUUCCACUCUUGGUGACAAGAGCUCCGCGAAUCUUACUGUGCAGAAUACAGACUCGAGUCAAGAUGCAGACGAGAACUCAUUUUCGAUGCUGCAGCCCAACUGGACCAUGAACAUGGCUAAAGUUACUCUGCGCCGAGCAGGUUACUAUACCAUCCCACCGAUCGACAAAUUAGACGAUUAUGUUUGCGGCGAAACGUGCAAUGUGCCGAACUUCACUGUUGGCCGCGAAGGCUACGGGAACGUGUAUUUCCCAGAUUCGUUCGAUGUGUACGGCUUGAAUUUGGAUGAAAUCGUUCACUUCCGGCACAAAGAGGUGAUCAUUUACCCAGACGACGACAAAAAACCGCCAGUUGGGCAAGGUUUAAAUCGCAAGGCGCAAGUCACAUUAGACAAAGUGUGGCCGCAUGACAAGUCGCUGCACGAGCCGAUCACGGAUCCGCAGCGACUCGCCGCAAUGAAUUACGAGGGAAAGCUGCGCCGAGUGUCUGCGAAGCACGACACCCGCUUCCUCGAGUAUCGGCCGGAAACCGGUUCAUGGGUCUUCAAGGUCGAUCACUUUUCCAAGUACGGCCUCAGUGACUCGGACGAGGAUGACAGUCAGGUACCGUCGGCCUCGGAAACGAAGAAAUUGAAGGGCUUACCUGUGCCUCCGCAGAAGAGUGUUAACGCUGGAAAAACCGAUCUCUCAACGACCAUGAACAAAGACGCAGUAAACGAAGGUACAGCGAAGAUAGGGAGCGACAAGCACCCGGAAAUCGAAAGCAAUUAUCUAAGGGAGACUCCGAUGGGCCGUAUGUUCGCUUCCCGCGACUACAAUUACGAGAAGCAAACGACCGUCAGCCCGGUCGGCGAAAACGCUCGAGUCGCUGGUACAGACAGCCACAAGUUGCAGCUCAUGAAGGCGAGCUUCUUCGACACCAACGACGACGACGACAUAGUCCACAGCGAGUUGAACGGCGGCAUACUUCCAUCCGUACGCAAAACUCUGAUCCGUUACUUUCCCAGUACUGAAACUCCUGAAGCCAAGAGGGAUGAGGCGUAUAACGUGACCUUACGCUCCAGUUUCACCAUGAACGAGAUGUCGCCAUUUUAUGCGAGUCAAGAGGACGAGCUCUACGCGUUGAGCAAGGUCAAGCCAUCACAGCCAUUGCACAUCAGCAGUGCAAAGACCGCCAUCGAUCAUCGGGAGCUGCCGCCGGUUGUCGAUAGAGCGAUCCUACCGCCGGUUGUCGAUAGAACGAUUCUACCGCCGGUGAUCUCACCGGUGACCAGUAUACUGAAGUAUCAUUUUGAGGUAGUGCCACUCAAGGAGUCCCGAUUGAACAAGUUGCAAUUCCGCUGUGUCGCCGAUACUGGAGUACAAAUGGGCAGGAUGUUUCGGCCAAGUUGGGGAGUUGGUCUGACAUUGUUAUCACUGAGUACUCAGGAUCAAGCGACUAAGGUACAGUUGCAGAGCGCCUUCAGUCAACUAAGCAGUUACGUUUCCGGUCGUCUAGCCGAUGACAUUACUUCGACCGCGAUCGUGCAACGGCUUCAGAUUCUGGGUGGCGAUGAGGACGAUAUUAAAACGUUCAAAGACAGCAUAGACCGUCAUCUGAGGAUCCAAUUGGACCAUUGCGUGAUCGGCCAAGAUGGCGACUGUCCUAUUUUCGACGUGUCAUUGGAUACCACCAUCGAAGCCUUACGAUUGCACUGCACCUUGGCUCAAGAGCUCGCGCAGAAAGAACAAGGGGAAGUGAACGAAGACAUGAACGAUGAGCAAGCAUACCGACCCAGUGCUGAGCGUUCGUUUCGUCAAUAUGCAAGUAUCGUGUGGAAGUUGUGCGUGGCACUGUGGGGUGACUUGUUCAAUCAAGAGUCCGUCGUCGAGGAGGGAGACCAUCACAACGUAAUGGCGAGAAGAGAGGCCAUAGGCGAGUGGCUGAAGAAUGUGGUGCAGAAGACGGUCGAGCAGGAAAUUAGGAGCGUCGACGGCGACAAUUCUCAUGAGAAGAUUAUUUUGUCGUUAUUGUCUGCUUGCAAGCUGGAGGAUGCCUGCCAAUUUGCGCGCAAAGCCGGCGACCAUUGUCUGGCGUUGCUGAUGGCGCAGCUGCGCAGCGGGAUGCCCACGAAGGAGCUGAUCAAGCAGCAGUUAGCUCUGUGGCAAAAGACCGAUGUGGACAAGAAUCUUACGGUCGAGCGACUCAAGCUUUUCAUGAUAGUGGCGGGCGAGCCGUUGAUCAGCAGCAAACACGGCACCAUCAAUGUGUGCGAAGACCUCGACUGGAAACGAGCUUUCGCCAUUCAUCUUUGGUAUCUGUCGUCGCCAACCUGUUCGAUCACGGACGUGCUCGACCUCUAUGAGACGUCCUUCAAUACGACGGAGAGCGAGGUGUACGCGGCGGCGCCCGAGCCCGAAUACAGAGGCAGCGAUUACGACGCCGAGAUAAGUAACGGCAGACGGAUAUAUGAUCUUUGCUAUCAUCUUUUGAAGUUAUACUGCACCGGGAUUCACGAUCUGGGGGAGCUGCUGAAUCCGCUAUCAUACACCGCUAAUCCGCUGGAUUACAGGCUGAGUUGGUUAAUACAACAGUUAGUCACGGGUUUGGGUUACACGCACUUGGCUGACCAUGUGUUCGCGUUGACGCAUACAAACUUCGCCACGCAAUUGGAGGCGCACGGUCUAUGGCAUUGGGCGAUUUUCGUGAUGUUGCAUCUACGUGACUCGGCUAGAAGACGAGCCGCCGUGCAAGAUCUGCUGUUGCGCCACGUAGAGAUAGACGACACCUUAGAGUAUGCGCAACGUGAGCAAUUUCUGAAGGAGGAACUCGGUAUAUCGUCGGUCUGGAUUCACCAAGCUAAAGCCAUUAAGAGUAGAAUCAAUAAGAGAUAUGGCGAAGCGGCUUGGUAUUAUAUACAGGCGGAACAAUGGAAUCAGGCUCAUGAGAUCAUUAUAGAGCACUUGGCAGCUGAUGCUAUAAUAAACGAAAAUUAUGAAUAUUUAAGAUCUUUGCUGAGCCCAUUAGUACCAGCUGAGUAUAGUAGCACAAUUAGUGGUUGGGCGCAUCAAGGUCAGCUUCUGUGGGAAUAUAUGGAAGUAACUAGUGAAAUACAAAGCCUGCACACGUCCGAUUUCUGUGGAAUAACGUAUCAACUGGAAGCGCUGAAGCCGCGAUUGACAUCUCUAUGUCUCAACAUCGAUCAGUUUCCAUGUCCAACCGCUAAACAUAGUUCCAUGGCACAUUCUUUCAGAUUGUGCCAGGCUGAAAUCGCGAAGAGGACGCUGCACUUGGUUAGAAAUCUGCUGAUACUGCAGAAGAAUGACAGUAGAUCCGUCUCGAAGUUAUUAGUCCGUCUAAUAUCACAGCUACCCUUGCCUGAGGAUUAUGCGCAACAAGAACUUCGACCUAUCGUUAAUAUGCGUGUGACAGAAGUGAUGUCGCAGUGAAUAUCACAAACAUACAUCACAUAUAUAUGUAUACACACUUAAGUUAUGGAUUGCAUGAAUCGUUGAAAAGUUUUUACAUUGUUAAUUGCGACAGAAAAGCCGAUUUUUUUUUAUUUUAUUGUUUGUUUCCACAAGUUAUAAUUGCUCACGUAAAGCAGACAACAUGAGGCUUGAUAAAGUGUAGAACAUACGUAAACAGCGAACGAGUUGUAUCUGCGUGCUAGCGAUUCGUACAGUAGAUAUAUAAAGUUGAAAAAUUAUUAAACGGACACUUCGCAAAAUAUUAAACAUGUGAUAUACUAUUUAAGUGUUUCUUACAUUUUUAUCGAUUCGCACAAAAUUAUCUGGAGAUUUAAGAAAUAAUUGUGUAAACGAGUGCUAUGUAACCGAGGAUUAAUACCGGUAUAAUUUUGCCGAAAUAAGGUUUAAAUUAACAGGUAAAUCCAACACAUACACAUAUUAGUUUUUAUGUUAACGAUUUUAUUCGAGUGUAAAUGAAGUACGAUGUUUGGCGAUGCGCAGAAUUCUAUUUCUAGAGAUCAUACCGGUGUCAAUCGUUGGAUAUAACUAACAACUGGAUGUAACUCAACUGUAAUGGAUUAUCAGUUGCGAAGAAAAGGCAGUAGAGGGACUUAAAUGAGAAAUUCUUCUGUGUAUACAAUUCUGUGAACUUUUUUUUCUAAUGUAGAAUAUACUGUUAGUGGCACAAUUUGCAUUGAACAUUUUACGAAACGUAUUGAUGCACAAUUGGAUGUUCUAUAGUGGAUAAAAAAAGAUAUUUGCUACAAUGUGACCUUAUUCUCUCAGUAUAUUAACACCAAUAAAAACUAUAUUAUAUUCUGGCAGAAGCUGGUGUAAAGGAAUAUUUUUCUCUCUUGAUGUAAAUCGAUUCUAGGAAAAAGAAAGCGUGCAAAUGCUUCUUUUACCCACUAUAUAUGCGCAAAUCUACUUAUUCACACCAUAUUGUACGACGCACGUCAUAUGAUAUGUGUAAAAUCCCUAUCUCUCUUGCAUUCCGAUCGUUCUGUUAUGUUUGUAAUUUCUUUUCAUGUUGACGAAGAUUAAGUACUGGCGAAUGUGUAAUUAGUAAGUGUAAAAAAAUAGUUUAUCCAAAUAAUAUAAAAUAUGAUAGAUUUGUAUAUUGUAUUAGUGUCAGCAUAUAAAUAUUCAAAGUGAAGGUAUAUUUUAUAGGUUCGUGUUGAGAAAGAAAGAGAGAGAGAGACGUGAUACUGCAUACAACACAAAGUUUUUUGUUGAAUAGAUAUUACUACAGAAGGAACUGAAUACAGUAGUAGGGUUAUGUUUGAGAAACGGAGACAUGCGUUAUAUAUAAGGGAUAUUUGUAUAAACAAAACUGAAUUUUCACUCUUUUAAAGUUGAAAUAAAUAAAUACUAUAUAUUCUCAUA